ACGUCAUAGUAUGACAGCGAAGUCCUCAUCGCGUGGCAACAACAAAAUGUGGUUUUAAAGCAGUUAAACUUAUAGAGACAGCUCCGAUAAAACGGGAAAACUAUCACCAAACUCACAACUUACAAAACGUCUUCGACAAGAUGAAUAGAUCCGACAUCACUACUGCAAAGAAAAGACGCGGUGACGUCGAGCGCACGAGAGGUCACGUGCGCACCUCGCGGUCCUCCCUCUCCUACGUGUUCCCGCGGAACGGAGGCAGCUCGACUGACCGACCAGGUAAGAUAUACACCAACUACGAGACCGUCAGUGAGGAUGUGAACACAGACGCCAGCGAAUGCGUCCUAGGCUCAGAUCGAGCUGUGAAUCGCAUAAAAGACAAUGUCACGAAGAAGAAACCAAUGGACGGUCAUCGCAAAAGAACGGGGCCUGAUCGACAGCAAGGAGAAUAUGUUGCACAGAAGAAAGGUGCAAGCAAUAGUCCGGAUCUGGAUCACAGCGGCCUUGUCAAUGCAAACACUAACGAGUUCGUUUGCAGUGACCCGAUGAUGUCCCCGGUCGCCGUGUUGCCUACCGGUGCCGUCUACUCCGCUAGUGAUCUCGAUCUGGCUGAGAAUCCUCCUGGUGCCAAACUUUACAGCCCAGAAUUAGGACAAGAAAUGAAUGAAGCCAUUGAAAGUCAGUCUGUCGGCGUGUAUUCCAACGGACACAUCGAAUCUCACGUAGAGAUGCAAUCGAGAAAAAAUAAGGUAUCUAAUAGGUUUAUAGAUAUGGAGAUUGGAUAUGACAGGAAUAACCAACCAGCAAACAGUAUCCGGGAGAGAUAUGGCAGAUACAAAAACAAGGCGGCGAUGCCUCCGUCAAUGUGUGAACGAUCAGACACCCCAAUUUCAUACAAACCCGGAACUGAGCCGCCGGCGCGUGUCUCCAUCGCCGAAGGGUUAUCUAAAACCGCCGCCAAACUGGCUGCAAUGGCGAAGAAGCAAAUCAAGCGAUCCGACACAAUAAAAUUCCAGCCAUCCGAAUUGCCAUACUUAGGCCAGUUUAUUGUCGUGAAUGCUGCCAAGCGCUCUUUUGAUUUUUCUACGUUGACGCACGUGCCGGAAGCGCAUCCUGUCAUGCGGAUCCGCAAUCCGCUGUUCCAAGGACAACGGCAUCAACGAUUGCCGCGAUUCGAUCACGUGCUGCUCAGUUACUCCUCAGGAAGUUCCCAUGGAAUGAAUGCACGUGACUUUUGACACGCCUUAAUAUAUGUGUAUACCGGUAUGCAUAUUUUUGGUUAAAAAUAUAAAUUGUUUUGCACUAUUUUCAGUCUGUAUGAGUCAAGAAUGGAAAGCGAGUGUUCUAUUAUUGUUGUACACUUUUAUAAUAUUGUUAUACUAUUUAACACGAUAUUAAUUUUCUAAAUGAAAUUUUAUUAAAACAUAGCUCUAUGCGCAUACAA